CGAGCAUACUCUUGGUAGAAUUUAUACAAUUCAUCCUAAUAAUCGAGAAUGUUAUCAUCUAAGGAUGUUAUUAAAUGUUGUCAAGGGACCAACUUCUUUCGAAUUUCUCAAGACUGUGAAUGGUAUUUUACAUCCUACAUAUCAAGCAGCAUGUCUUGCACUUGGUUUACUAGAAGGCGAUAAUCACUGGUGCGACACAUUAACAGAUGCCAGUAUAAGCAGCAGCGCAUCUAAAUUGCGAGAGCUGUUCGCCAUUAUAUUGGUAUUCUGCAAUGUUUCUAAGCCCUUUGAGUUAUGGGAUAAGUUUAAGGAUAAUUUCAUAGAAGAUUAUGUAAGAGACUUCCAACGACUUUACCCCGAUGCAGACAUAAAUCUUCAUUUAGAUAACUUUACUAAUCGUGCUCUGCUUGCGUUACAAGACAUCCUUUUUUACAUAGGCGGUAAUACUCUCCCUUAUUAUGGUUUACCACCUCCACAAGCAUCCGAUGGAAUUGUUGAUAAUUUAAACAGAGAAUAUAUUGAACACACAAAUUUUGAUCCAGUUGAACUUCAACAUAUGAUAAAUCAGAAUGAACCAAGAUUAAACAACGAACAAAAUCAAGUUUACCGACUCCUUAUUGACAGUGUGAAUAAUGCAAACGCUGGUGGUGUAUAUUUUUUAGAUGCUCCAGGUGGUACCGGUAAGACAUUUUUAAUUAAUCUUUUACUGGCCAGAAUACGUUCAGAAAAAAAAAUUGCUGUAGCAGUUGCAUCUUCGGGAAUAGCUGCCACAUUACUUCCAGGGGGGAAAACAGCACAUUCCAUGUUUAAAAUACCGAUAGAAGCAGAGCGUAUGGAAAAUCCAGUUUGCAGUAUAUCGAAAAACAGUCAUAAAGCCAAAGUAUUACAAGAUUGUGCCUUUGUAGUGUGGGACGAAUGCACUAUGGCAAACAAAAUUUCAAUCGAAGCCGUGAACAGAACAAUGCAAGACCUAAGAGGUAAUACUCUAUUAUUUGGAGGAGUAACAUUUUUAUUCGCUGGAGAUUUUAGGCAAAUAUUACCAGUGGUGCCUAAAGGUACGCGAGCGGAUGAAAUUAACGCCAGUUUAAAACGUUCAGUAUUGUGGAGACAUUGUAAAAAACUUCAUUUAAAAGAAAACAUGAGAUCACAUUCAGCCGAUUCAGAAUUUAGCAAAAUUCUCCUUGAUGUUGGAGAGGGGAAGUGUCCAGAAGUGAAUGAUAAUCAUGAUAUAGAACUACCUACCGGUCUUUGCAAGGUAGUGGCGGACACUGAAACUUUAAUACAUAGUACUUAUGAUGAUGUUCACAAUCUAAAUAUAAAAGAAGAUUCGUGGUUGUGUGAACGAUCAAUUUUAGCACCAAUUAAUGACCAGGUUACUGCGCUUAAUCAACUUAUUUUAGAUAAGCUUCCUGGUGAAUCACAGACAUACCCUUCCAUCAAUACAGUUUGCAAUCCGGAUGAAGUAGUUAAUUAUCCAACAGAAUUUUUAAACAGUAUAAAUAUGCCUGGUCUACCCCCUCACAAAUUGGAACUUAAGAUUGGCGUGCCCAUCAUACUUCUCCGUAAUUUAAAUCCACCGAAACUUUGCAAUGGUACUAGAUUGCGAGUAGUGUCAUUGCAAAGAAACAUUAUAGAAGGACGCAUAAUAUCCGGAUGCAGAAAAGGUGAGACAGUAUAUAUACCACGAAUUCCCAUAAUACCGUCGAAUUUUCCCUUUGAGUUUAAAAGACUGCAAUUUCCUAUCUAUGUCAGCUUUGCUAUGACAAUCAACAAGUCACAAGGGCAAACGUUGAGCAAAGUUGGCAUAGAUUUAACUAAGGGUUGCUUUACCCAUGGGCAGCUAUAUGUGGCGUGCUCACGUGCUAGGGAUGCCACUAGCGUUAUUGUUUUAGCCCAAGAAAAUCGUACACCAAAUAUUGUGUAUAAAGAAAUUUUACAGUGAGGUUAGAAAAGCC